AUGACCAUGGCCGCAUGGGGUGCAUUUAGUAAGUUUAUUGGAUAUCGACGUGGUUCUAGUUAUGACGGAUCUCGCGAUUGGGGUAGUUCCCAUGCAGGUUGAAGCCUCAGAGUGCUUUCACAAGUUACGAAUGAUGGUCCGCUGAUUUCUUGAAGGAACAAGCGUUGAAAAAUAGUUUGUUGAUCAUACGUCAGAGAAAAUCAAGGCGCGUCUGCUUCAUCAAAAAGAUUGUAAUUAUAGUAAAAUUAUACAUGACGAGUUCGUUACUCAAUGUUAUGUAAGGAUCGUGGUUCCUAGUGUUUGUGAUGAGUAUGUGUUACAUAUUAGAUGGGACCUUCUUACAUCACCAGAUUGGGAAAUUUUCAUAUUUGGUAAUAACACGGAGCAGUGUUUUCAACGUGGAUUUAAAUCUUGUCAGGUAUAACUAAGAAUUAAGAUAUGAAUUCAGCUGCUGGUGCGUCAAAUGUUGGGGUCGGAACGUCACGAAACCGGAAAAGUGUUGCACAACAACCAGUGGAUUUAGAGGAACUGGUGGGUACAACCCAAGAGAAAAGGAACUGGCGAGGCAUCAUCAUUGCAAUGUUGGUAAUCUUGAGCGUCAUCGCCUUGAUAGUUACUGCAACCAUUCUGGUCACACCGAAGACAGUGGAUGAGAUCGUAAAGAAGAAGCUAGACUUUAGAGGAUUCAUCAAAGGCGAAUAUGAACCAAAAACAUUCAAUCCUAUUAUUAUUAAAGGCGAGGAUGCAUUUUUGUAUCGAUCCAGAGAUGGCGGUGUUCACAAGUAUGAUUGCAAGGCAAACAUAACGCAGCCUUUGUUUGAUAAUUCGUCAUUCAGAGUAUUGAAUACAGACCAGUUCAGCAUAUCCGCCGAUGGGAUGUUCGCCCUUUUUCAGUAUAACAUUUAUCAGGUUUACCGACAUUCAACAUUAUCCAAGUAUAAAGUCGUCAAUAUAUCCACGAAACGAUCACAUAGCCUUGUCGGGGUCCAUGGAGACCAGUUUCAGUCGGUGCGUUGGUCCCCGGUCGGGCAUAGUUUGGUGUUCGUGCAAUACAACGACCUUUACUAUAUGCGGGACCCAACACGCAGAGAUGUCAUCCAGUUCACAUUUGAUGGCUUUGAAGACAUCGAGAGAAUCUUCAACGGCGUCCCAGAUUGGGUUUAUGAGGAGGAAAUACUGCGUUCCAAUUCGGCCUUCUGGUUCUCUCCCGACGGCUCGUAUAUCCUUUACGCCUCUUUUGACGACAGAGAUGUGAUGACGUACGAUAUUGCGAUGUAUGACGUCACUGGUGACGAGUUCGGCAGAACUGAACAUCUUGCUUAUCCGAAGCCAGGAACGCCAAAUCCGAAGGUAGUGCUAAAGGUCGUCCAUUUAAUUUCUAACACAACAUCAACGAUUCCAGUUCCAAGUGAGAUCAAAAACAUCGAUUACUACUUCACUUCGGUCACGUGGCAGGAUGAAAGUCAUGUGCUGGUCACGUGGAUGAAUCGUGCGCAGAACAUGUCAAUUUUGUCACUAUGCGAAGCUAAUGAAGCAUCGUGCAAAACGAAUUUGAGAGUGGAAUCAUCAACGGGUUGGGUCGACCUGUUUCGCCCCGUGAUGUUCAAGCCGGAUGGCAGCAAGUACUUUCUGCUCUUGCCGCAAACCGACGGUGCCGCCGGCAGCUUUCAGCACAUCGCCAUGGUUGACUCCGACAGCGACAUUACGGGAACAUUGAGCGAUGGUUCCAAAACAUUUAUAACAGCGGGACAGUGGGAUGUAUUUGACAUUGUAGGAUACGACAAUAGCCUCGAGCAAAUAUAUUUUACUGCUACAAAUAAGGGCGACCCAACGACGAAGCAUCUUUAUAGAUCGACGGUCCAAAAAGACAGCCCUGACUUCAAAUCGAUUAAAUGCUUGUCGUGUGACGUCUCGGAAGACUGCCUGUACGUCGACGCUACGUUUACGUCGUCUGGAAAAUAUUACAUACUUGCCUGCAAAGGACCAGGGAUUCCUAUCUUCUAUCUUUACUCCACUGAAAAUGGAUUAGUGACAGUCCUCGAGGACAACGCGGACUUGCGGACCAAACUGGACGACUAUUCGUUGGCUGUGGCGGAGUUCCUUAAGCUUCCCAUCGACAAAGAGGAAACCGAUCACAUGUGGGUCAAGGCUCUAUUACCUCCAGUACUUAGGAAGGAAGAAAUAACGACAUACAACAUUUUAUUUAAAGUAAAUGGUUCGCCUGGUACGCAGCUCGUCACCAAGGAGUUUAAUAUCGGAUGGGAGCAGUACCUGUGCAGUUGCCAUAGCGUCAUUAUUGUGUUUGUCGAUGGGCGUGGUUCUGGGGGGCGUGGCAACAGGUGGAUGCAUGCCGUGUAUAAACAGCUGGGCCAACUGGAGGCGGAUGAUAUAAUUACCGCUGCUAAUCAUUUUAACAACCUACAUUAUGUGAACGAAAAUACCACUGUAUGGGGCGCAUCCUAUGGAGGUUUUCUGACGGCUUCCGUUAUAGCGCGCGCAUCGAAUGCGUUCCGAUGCGGUAUGGCUGUUUCCCCAGUAACAGAUUUGCGUUACUAUGAUUCCGUUUUUACUGAGCGUUACAUGGGUCUGCCUACAGCCAACGAUAAUUUAGGAGGUUAUAACGCGGCGAACAUAUCAAAAUAUGCAUCCAACUUCAAGUCCGCUAGAUUUAUGAUUAUACAUGGAACCGGUGAUGAUAACGUUCAUUUCCAGAAUUCUGCUCAACUUAUCAAAGCAUUAGUGGAAGAAGAUGUUUACUUCCGCCAACAGAUAUACCCCGACGAGAACCAUUUUCUUAACGGGAAAAGCACUAAAAUGCAUCUGUAUAACACCAUGGAGGACUUCAUAUUGCAUUGUUACGGCAAACCGAAGAGCAUCAUUGAGUUCAUUAGUGAGCCGUCUGAGAAAGACGUGGAUCCACCGGAAGAAGAGGAAACAGAAUAAAGGCAUUCAAACGAGGAAUACAAAAUCAUGAUGCGAUGAUAGUACAUCAGUUUGCGUUGAAUUGAAUUUAUUGGAAAAUGGACUUCUUGCCAUGCAUAGAUGUGGUUAACAGUGACUUACAUGAAGCGUACCCAAAACUGUUAAGAAUGUCACGCUUGUUUUAAAUAAAAAUGAUUUGACCAAUAAGUGAUGUUGGUUACAACUUUAUGACAUAAUCUUAAACAAUUUAUAUACACUUGGAACUGACAAUUUGUUCUUUUGGGAAAAGCUUCGUCAACGGUAAGAAAAACAGCCGAUGAGGAGUUACUACAAAUAUAUAGAAAUAUGCGAAUUGAAACGAGGAAAGUGUUGAGUGUUAUUACACUGAAUGUAUCAACAUUGCAUAAUGUGGAAAUAUGACGCAAAAACAUUUGAUCUGAUAUAACGUGAACGACUAUGAGCUUCAAAUGAGUGAAGUCCCUUACGCUUAUUACAGAAAAGUGUGAUAUUUACAAAAAUGCAAUUAACAACAUUAAUUCCAACGUAUAUAUUGAGCAUUUGUCUAGCUUUUUUCAACUCAAAUAAUAAUCAAAUUAAAGCAUUUAGUUAAACCCAAACAUGAUUUAAACUGCAAGGAUUAAAGUCGAAUAUUGGACUAUUUAGUUGAAUUGAUCUCUUUACCGUUUUCUGAAGUCGUUGUACAGAUAAAGUAAACUCAGAGUGAUCUUUAUGAUAAAUAGUUGUGCAAAGCAAACAAACACCCAAACGGUUUAUAUUAUUAUUACUAUGAUACAUGUAACCUGUACUAUACGUUCCUAAACAUCUAGUUAUGUGAUUCAAUCAAAACGUUUUACACACAUAGCUGGAUAUUGAUUUUUAAACUUGAAGUGUUACUUAUAUGUGUAUGAAAAGUUGGUGGCGUUAUAUGCAAGAAAGCGUCUACUAUAACUUACAUUUAAAACAUGUUGCAAAUAUGUUUCGAUUCGUGAAAGGUAUUCACUUAUGCUGUACAGUAAAAACCAUAUACAUGCCAAAGUUAUAAUGAGUGAAAUAUUUCAUUUACAAUUCUGAUAUUUUGUUAUUAUAAUAAUAUUCUUAAUGUCUAAUACAUACCGUUAUGUUGUUUACAAAAUAUGUUAGGACUGAUUUGAUUCCAUUUUUUUUUACAAUUACUAUCAAUAAUAUUUGUGCAAUCGUGUGUGUUUGUGUUAAUUUAUUAAUACUUCUGGUUUAUAUAUGUGUUAGUAUUAUAAUGGCUUCUCUUCUUCUUCGUCGUCGUCUUCUUCUUAUUAUCUUAUUCUUUUUCUUCCUCUUCGUCCUAUUUUCUUCCUCUUUUUCUCCUUCUUCUUCCUCUUAUUAUUAUUAUUAUGAUAAUAAUUAAAUGUUUUGUUGUUGCAAAUAAUAAUGAUGAUAAUAAUAAUUUCUAAUAUUAUUACUAUUAUUACUAGUAUUGCUAUUAUAAUAUCAAUAUUUUUUAUUUAUCUGUAGAUACCUACGAUUGUUAAUUGUUAUGAAAUAUUAAGACUAUAUACAAUUAUUUCAGACUUGUAUUUGAAGUAUAAAAUCUUUUCUCUGAAGACGCGUUUUGAUGAGCCCAAUAAUGUGCAUGUAUGGAUAGGUUUAAUACAAUUAACUAAUUCGACAAUACCAAGUCGUAUGAUUGUAAGGCCAUAACUGUAUAUACAUUGGGUAUAUGUGUUAAAUCAAAUAAGUGGUGAAGAUUACGUAAUAUCCCUUCUUAUUUAAACGAAUACACUAGACGUGCGAAUGUUUUAAUAUGCGGUAAAGUGACAAUGCAUUUAAGAUAGACGUUAACUCUUAUUCAUACCGAUUAACAAUAAACUUCAAAAGAUUAUGUGUUUCCUUAAUAAAAACUUGUUAAAACAAACUUGUGUUCAAAAAUCACUAAAAUGCAUCUCUAUAACACACCAUGGAAGACUUCAUACUGCAUUGUUACGGCUAACCGAAAAGCAUCAGUGAGUUCAAUCCAAAAGAUGAGGAAGUCGAAUGAACACAUGGGUAUCAUUCUGAGAAAACUGGGCGAAAUGCAUCUGCAAAAAUUUCGUCCCAGAUUGGCCUUUGUCGUGCGCACAGGCUUAUCAGGGUCGACUAAUUCCGCUGUAAUGGAA